CUGACGUUAACAUAUUGAAAUCAAAAUGAGUCCAAUGUCGUCGCCGUUCCUGGGGCGUUGCGUUGUUUCUUUGGCUGUGAUGAUUGUAAAUUUUGGAUCGAUGGUUCCAGCCGCUCCAGUUAGUGAUCGACUACAAGAAAUGUUAACAGCUAUACAACCUUCCUUCAGCCAAGGACUUAUUGAUUUGUCAAACUUGUUUGAUUUCGUUACGGAACAAGAAGAACCGAAUUUUAUUUUACAUGAAGAUGACAAUAUUACGCUAUCCAUACAAAACACCAUUCAAUCAGCGUCAAAUUCCCUGAAUGAAACGGAGGCCAUCACCAAUCAUCAUAUACAAUUGUAUGAGGUUAGUUUGCUUUCUUUGACCUCUGAUAUUUCCGCUAAAGAAUAUCAACUCCGUAACGACACAAAUGAGCUGGAGUUUUUGAUAACUGAAAGUAAUAAAUGGCAAGUUGAAGCAGAUAAGCUUCAAAAGGAAGCAACAGAACUCGAUAAUAAAGCGCGUGAGUUGGAACAGAAAGCUCAUCACACUCAACAGAGGAUGGACAAAAGGGUAAGAAACAGGUGGAAGUGGAUUACUGCAACAAUACUUACUGCUGGUUUAGCAUCGCCUGGACUUGUCAUUGGUGAGGUUGAAAGAGGAAUUUUCGAAAGAGAUCGUAAUAAUGCGCGCAGUCAAGCUAAUGAAAGACUACAGUUACUAAGGAUAGUACAAGGCAAUCUUAAAGAUAUUUCAACUCGGCAACAAACCACAAUAGAGUCCAUAAAUAAAACACGGGCAAGUCUUGCAUCUGCCCAAACGCUCCUGGAUCAAAUGCGGCUGCAAUAUUCAGUUUUGGCAAGUCUUGGUGUCCAGAUUCGGAACGUUUCCACAUUCUUGACGCUGUUGAAUGGAGAAAUGGGUGUUCUGCAUGGUCAGCAACAACUAUUGGUCCUGUUUACCCCUUUGUUGGAAUCUGUUGACAGCCUAGUAACUUUUCUGGAGAACAAUGCCAAUAUGGUAGUUUCACUGAGUGAGCAGGAAGCGUUGACGAAAAUUCGUGAAUAUCUUUCGCAAAACGUAAUACCUCGAUUGGAAACUGAAAAAAAGUGUGCACUCCGUGAAAUAAGUAACAACGAUACAAGAACAGAACAAUUUGAACAUCUUGGUUUGAGCAAUAAGCAGUUUCAACUUGAUCAGCAAUCCAACUCUGAACUGCAAGUAAAACUUCUAAAUGAAUCGAAUGUGGAUCUUGAACAAUCUCAAACAGAAGCUGAAAAUGUUUUGUGCCAACUUUUAUUAUUAGAAAAUCAACUCCAAAUAAAUGAAACUUUUGGUUCGGCAGAUAAAUUGUGACGUAAUAGGCACAACCAGAACGUUUUUCUGACCGAUUUCACCAUUAGCAAUUUACGCAUUGUCGUUGUUGUUCCCUAUGCUUUUUUAGGUAAUGUAACGGAUCUGGCAAACAAACGGGAUUGCCGAAAGAAAUCGUUGUUCAUGUUUCACUAACAAUUCCGUUAAUUAAUUCAUAUACAUCUGAUUUUUGUGAACAGCAGCAUGAAGAAUUUCACUUCGUUCCCACAAUUAAUUCCCAUAAAUAAACCAUUUCAGUCCAA